GAGAGAGAGAGAGAGAGAGAGAGAGAGAGAGAGAGAGAGAGAGAGAGGAAGAGGAGGAGACCGGAGCACCGAGCAUCUAUACAGCAACACACCGGAGAGAGACACACGGAGAGAAAACAGUCACCAACAGAAGAGCAUAACAACAGGAGAAACUAAUCCGGACGGAGCAUCCUUCAUCCCACCGACAGACCUGUUUGUGUCUGCAAAGAUGGGUGUCACCUGUCGCCCUCUGCUAUUGGUUGGUGCAUAUUUUGCGGCUGCUCUGAUUGGUGGAGCCCUCUCGGAGGGGGUGUGUCUUCAGGAUGGGAAGCACAAGGCCGCUCCAGGCCCAGAGCCUCACCUGGGAGAGUGUGGGCUGUACUCUGACAAUAGCUGCUGCACAGAGGAGGAGAUCCAGGAUGUCUCCCAUGUCCCCACUGCCAGCAAUAAGAAUGAUCCCUGGGACAAGUGUGGGCCUCUGAGCUCUGAGUGUGAAGGCUUCCUGAAGCGCGUGUCAUGUUUCUACCGCUGCUCCCCUGAUGCCGCGCGCUGGCCUCACCCCCACCGCCGCUCAUACAUCCAGGCCGUGCCGCUCUGCCACAGUUUCUGCCGUGAUUGGUUCGACGCCUGCAGGAUGGACAUGACGUGUGCUCGUAACUGGGCCAAAGACCCCAGGGGACAGAACUGCACUGGAACCUGUGUUCAGUAUCAGCAGAUGUACCAGCACGGCAGGGAUCUCUGCGAGAGCCUGUGGGGCGACGCCUUCAUGACGGUGGAGGACGAGCCGGAGGAUGCGGUAGAGGCCGGGGAGGUCGGAGGGGAGGGCGACGGCGGUCGCCCCUGCGGCUGCCUCACCCUCAGCCCCUCGGACAAGGACGUGAUCGCCGCCCUCAGGGCCCAGCAGGACGACCCGGAGGAGCUGGACACCACCAAGACCGGUCUGCCUCAGUACCGGGCUCCGUGCCAGACCAAGCUGCCCCCGCAGGCCAGGAGCGGCAGGAAGGGGAACUCGGUGCUGCGCAAGCGCUCCCUCGUGGUGGACGACGUGGAGGGGAGCGGAAGCGGCUUGUAGAGAGAGGAGUGAUAGACGCCGAUAAAUUUAGAGAUUAUUGUCUAGAUCCUUCUCUUGAAAUGGAGUUGUAACCUUGCUCCUCUAACUAACCUUUACCACACAGACCUAAACUGUCAUUAUCAUUAUCGUCACAUUCUACAUAUAAUCUCUAGGGUUUUAAAUAAUACUAUAACAUAAUCAAGCUUGUAACACUUCCAAUAAACACCUGGUCCGUUAUUUGAACAACCUAAACAGCCAGGAUUAAAAAAAAAGAACGAUUUAAAGGCAAAAUCCUCAAUUCUGCAAGGGCUCUGACUUCAAUAAUAAAUAUAUUGAUAAUAUCCCAUAAUGGCUGCACAAAAGUGAGGAUUUUUUUUUCUCAAAAGUCAGGUAUUUGCUUUGUAUGUCUCAGUAAAACACAUCACUGAAGUCUACGGUAUUAGCGCUUUUUGCAUGAAUCAAACAUCAGUAACCAGAGGACUCUUCAUGACCAGUAUUGUAAACAAGACGUACCUGCACCAGUACUCUACCACCCUGCUUCUCUUUUCAAUCAUCUCUAGGUGACUUUAAUCUGUGCAUUAGUCAAUUGUUAAACGCAGAUCUUACUGUUGUGAUGCCGUAUCGUGCAGUCUACAUGUCAUGAGGUUUAUGAUAGCGGAGAAGGUCACGCAGAGUAUAAUGAUAAUAAUGAAUGUAGCUUUCUAACAGAGAUUACUGGCCUGGACGUAAGGGAUAUCUGGUAUGAUAAUGACAAUGGGGAGGCAUGCUUACAGUAAUACCUGAGGGAGGGUUUAACAUUCAGAAACAAAUUUGCCUCCCAGAGUAAAUCCGCAAAGGCAGCAUUCAUACCAUGAAGGUUGUUCUGGUAGUUUGAUCACGUUGUAAUACGUUCUUUUAUAAUUACGUCAUGUAUUUCUAGAGCGAGCCACUGUUAGAUGUAAAUGUUUUGUAAAAAAAACCUGAUUUGUCCGAUGUAUGGUAAGCUUGCUGAGACGGGUGUUUCUGUGCUUUACGUUCUCAAUAAAGACAAUAUUUCUAAAUGCCAA